AUGCCCGAGUGGAACGUCGUGUCCUGGACAGCCAUGCUCCAAGCGCAUGCCCAGCACGGUCAUCUCUCGGAUGCCAGACGGAUUUUCGACUCCAUGCUCGAGCGCAACGUCGUCUCCUGGAACUCGAUGAUCUCAGCUUAUGCAAAGCUUUCGUACCUGGAAGACGCCGAGGAUCUCUUCGUGAGAAUGCCGGAGCGAAGCGUAGCGUCGUGGAACAUCCUUCUCUCGGCGUAUAGCCAGUCCCGUGUCCUUGUAGACAAGGCCAGAGCUUUGUUCGACGCCAUGGCUGGCGUACGGGACAUCAUCUCUUGGAACACCAUGAUCUUCGCUUACGUACGAAACCAUGGCUUCCUGGACAAGGCAAAGAGCUUGUUUGAUCAGAUGCCUGCACGAAAUCUAGUGACUUACACUUGCCUGCUCGAUGGAUUCGCCAAAGCCGGGUAUUUGGAAGAAGCAAAGCUGGUGUUUGACGCGAUGCCGUGCUGGUUGACGGUGCCUUGGGCGUCGAUGCUGCAAAUGUAUGCUCAACAGGGGCAUUCCUCUCACGCGCUCGAUUUUCUUUCUCGACUGCCUGAACUAGACGUGCUGCUCUCCAACAUUCUUCUCUCGAUGCACGCUCGCAACGGGCACACAGAGCUUGCGAAGAUCACCUUCGACGGCAUUCUCUACCCGGACGUUGUUUCCUGGACUGCUUUGCUGCAAGCUCAUUGCGAGUACGAGUUUUCCUGCACAGAGACUCGCGUCAGCGAUGGAGCAGAAGAGCUUUUCAAGGCACUACCUCACGACGUUCUCCACACUAGCAACGCGUGCUGGAACGUGUUGGUGACGGCCUGUGGACGCUUCGGGCGGGUCGAGCGCUGCAAGGAACUGUUCCAUACGAUGAGGAUGGAGAGCGUGGAAACUGAUGAGAUAACGUACUCGGCUCUCGUAAAAGCUUGCAGCCAUGCCGGCCUUGUUGCUGAAGCUCGUUGCUACCUUCAUCUGAUGCAAGAGCAAGGCGUGACGCCGCGGCUGGAGCAUCUGUGCUGCAUGGUCGACGUUACUGCGCGAUCGGGAUUCUUGUCAAUCGCCGAGGAGCUCGUUCACAGUCUUCCGGUGCUACAAGACUCUCCUGUGGCUUGGGCUACGUUGCUGGCAGCUUACAAAAGCCAUGGUCGUGUUCGCGGUGCCAAGUACUGCGCUGAGCGUGGCUUCGAGCUCGAUCCUAGAGACAGUAGUCACCAAAUUCUGCUCGCUAGCAUCUACUGCCAGUGA